GUAAAAGCUCGUUUCUGGUCCUAAGCCCGCGACGCCGCAUCGUCUCUUUUGGCUAUGACGGGUGCUGCUUCCUCUUCACUAUUAACCAACUCCGCUCGACUUCUCGGGUCCCUCCGAAGCUUCCCGAACCCUCUCGCUUCUUUCCAGAGCCCUCGCCCCCUCAAAACCCUAGCCACCGCAGGGUCGAUCCUCUCCUCCAGAACCAAGGAGACCCCCCGCAGCUCCUCGCCGCCGAGCUCCGCCGCCGCCGCGGGGGCGCCUAGGUUUAGGGUUUUGAGCUCCAUGGGUGACGCAGUGGAGAGUUUCCAGCUCUCGCCCUCGAGCGUGCUUAAGAUCCAGAAGGGGGACAUCACCGUGUGGUCCGUCGACGGAUCGACCGACGCGAUCGUAAAUGCUGCUAAUGAGCGGAUGCUAGGAGGCGGAGGUGUUGAUGGAGCUAUCCAUAGAGCUGCCGGGCCUGAACUUUUAGCAGCGUGUGAGGAAGUCCCAGAGGUCAAACCUGGAGUUCGCUGUCCUACUGGAGAAUCCAGGAUUACUCCAGCUUUUCGGCUUCCUGUGUCACAUGUAAUACACACUGUCGGACCUAUUUAUUACAGCAAUAAACAGCCUGAGGUUUCCUUGAGUAAUGCAUACAGAAACAGUUUGAGGCUUGCUAAGGGGAACAACAUUCGAUACAUUGCUUUCCCGGCAAUAUCAUGUGGCGUUUACGGCUAUCCUUUGAAAGAAGCAUCCAAAGUAGCUAUAUCCACUGUGAAGGAGUUCUCUGAUGACUUCAAAGAGGUGCAUUUUGUGUUAUUCUCGGAUGAGAUUUAUAAUGUUUGGGCCGAGACUGCUCGUGAGCUACUUUGAAGGCUUCGACCAAAAUUGCUUCUCCACGGUCGAAAAUUCUAUGCGUCUCAAGACUAUUGCACUAGUAUUGACCAUAUUGCAGUAGCUAUUGUUUAAAAAGUAAAUAAGAUGGUAUCUGAGAGUUCUAUUUGUCUCAGGACUAUUGCAUUUGUGUUGAUCAUAUAUUGCAGUAGCUCUUGUUUAAGUAAAUAAGACGGUAUUUGAGAGCUGAGGCCAUAUGUUUGUAAUACGAGACUAUGCAGCUCUUCGAGUAUAUGUUUUAUCACUGACCAUCCAAAUGAAACGAUGGAGAGAAUGUAGUUUCUAUGGUAUAAUGUUGAAUCAGGCGUAUUCUUGUUCAAAUCAUCAA